AUGAAGACAGCGCAUUGGCAAGCUAAAGAAAAAGUCCAAAAACGAACCUCGAAACCUUCUUCUUCGACAUCAAAAGAUGUAUUUAGGAUUUCCAAACUGACUACGGCAACACCUGCUAAGCGAAAGAGAGAGUUGCCCAUUCAAGAGGUCGACAUAAAUGAGUUACCUCACAAUCUAGGCAAGAGCUCCACGGAUCUCUCUGAUUCUCUAAGUACCAUCAAAUUUGAAGCAGAGGUUAAACCACAACCAAUCCACAUCAAAACUGGAGGUCAGACAAAAAGCCUCGGAGGACAGACAACCAAUACGUCCAAAAAUAGUAAGGGCAGAAAAGGUGCUGCACAGUACGGUCUCUCCCCUGGUGUUAGCCCCUUCCCCGAUCAUGCACAUCCAACAGCGGAUGAGUGUGAGGAAGUCAAUCGUCUUUUGUCAUCUUUACAUGGCGAGGUCAAAGUUCCGACUACAAUCCCGCAGCCCUCGCUCACGGUCACUGGUUGCGGAGAAGUCCCGUCUGUUUUAGAUGCGCUUAUCCGCACGCUCUUGAGCGGUGCGACUACUGGUGCCAAUUCUGCGCGCUCUUUUCAAGGUCUUGUUCAGCGAUUCGGUAUACUCGAAAGUGGAAUUGGUAAAGGAAGUGUCAACUGGAAUGCUGUUCGCGAGGCUCCUAUUGAUGAGGUCUUUCAAGCUAUGAAAAGCGGUGGCUUGGCGACUACGAAAAGUAGAUACAUCAAGCAAAUUCUCAACAUGGUCUAUGAAGAGAAUCAAGCACGUAGAGAAGCACAUAUAAACUCAGAAAAGGGAACAGAAGAAACCGGGCCGGUCGGCGCAGACCAUGAAUCCAAGGCACAGAAGGAAGUCGAAAUAGCAUUGAUCGAUGAAAAUGUGCUAUCUCUCGAUUGGGUUCACGCCCUAGAUAAGGAACAGGCAAUGCUCGAGCUGAUCAAGUAUCCAGGUAUUGGGCCGAAAACUGCUGCAUGUGUGAUACUUUUUUGCCUUCAGCGCCCAUGCUUCGCUGUUGAUACGCACAUCUUUCGUAUUUGCAAAUGGCUUGGGUGGCUACCUAGCAGCGGCAAACGAGUCUCUGAGAUCAACGCAUUCAGCCAUUUAGAGGUCAGAGUUCCUGAUCAUUUGAAGUAUGCCCUCCAUCAGCUGUUGAUUCGCCAUGGCAAAAGCUGCCCGCGUUGUCGAGCAAUUACGGGAGAAAAAAGCGACGGUUGGGAAAAAGGAUGCGUUAUCGACCACCUCGUGACGAGGACAGGGAAGAGAAAAGGCGGCGUUACCAAGGAUGAUAGCUCUGAGCUUUUAUCUACUGAUGAGGAUUAG